CCAGCGUCCUAUGAUUGCUGCACUCAGCUUCACCACAUCGACAAUAUACGAUGGGCCGGUUACGUCGUUCGAGGACACAUAAGGCUCAGAGAGAUGUACACAGGGCGUCUAGGACACGGGCUCGAACGAAGGACUUGGACCAGAUCCAGCUGAUUGACCUGGAUCCCAAGAACCGCGCAGCUCUCGAGGCCCAACCGCUCGACCUCGAGAAACCAGGCCUUGCACAACACUACUGCGUCGAAUGCGCAAAAUACUACGAGACGGACCACGCUCUCCGCUCACACUGGCGAAGCAAGGUCCAUAAGCGGAGACUAAAAGAGCUCAAGGUGCCCGCGUACACCAUAGAGGAGUCCGAGAGAGCUGCAGGGCUAGGGAAGGAGGGGAAAAGGCCCGAAGCGUCGAUACCGAUGGCGGAGCCCAUGAUGGCAUAGUCACAGUUCAGAGGUGCGGAGUACGCUUGGAUGCCUUCCCCGCACCCACCUCUCCUUCGUCUGCGCUUUUUGGUUGGGCAAGUGAUACUAGCAACGACCUAUCGUAGAGACGGCGUUAUAGUUGUCAUUUGCAGCGUACCUUGCUUGCGUGUACACAUCCCUGCCCACCCUGCCACUUCCGGGUAUUCAAAAUGACAGUGGAUUCUAGCUGGCCACUUCGCCAGCGAUCUCGACGUCACCUUACAAUCACGCUCUCCUGUGCAGUAGAUGAUAUACAUUGGCCAAUAAUCUAUGUAAUACAUGCAACCAAUAACUUAUUCCGGAUCCGAGUC